GCCAGUUCCAUGGCGCCAGCACGUGGGCUCUUUUGCCAGCACGCCGGUUGGGAGCGGCCCUCCCCUUUCUCACACAACUCUAGCUGUGUUUAGUUUUGUUCCGCGCCUUUCGUCGAUGAAAAAAAAAUGGUUCCGAGCGCGCACGAGAGGAGAAGCGAGCGACUGCAAAUAUGCCACAGGAUCUUUACUCGAUAAAAUUAAGUAGCUCCUGCGAUAUUUCAUCACGACCUCGACCUGAGCCUCGCGAUAUCUUUGUCUACGUGCCACGACAGACGGCGCGGUUAUUUUCAUGGUAAUAUUCCUAAAGAACAAGUACAUUACGGGUUAACAGUUUCUCAGCUGCUCCUUCUACUCACCUGGUCAAACUGAAAUGAAAAUUACGGAGGCAGUAGGUGAAUCGCGGCCCGCAGCAUUUUUCCAUGCUGCCGAAGACCAAAGCAGUCUGUCCCCCAUGGAGGCUUUCCGUCGGAAAAUCGCCGCGAUCGCGUCUGAGCUGGAGGCUUUGCAAGCGGAAGUGGCGGAAGUGGAAGUGGGAAGCGAACACGAGAGCUUCGCGUCGCUGGACGAAAACAAAGCGCACCCAGGUGAUUCUAAAACUGCUCCGUCGUUGUACCUGGCGACUACCAGCAAAAAAUCCAGUGACGCAGCUGAAAGAAGACGCGCAGCGGUCCGUGGAGAUAAGAAUAAUAGGGAUGCGCCUCGAGGAAGAUGCACAUCUGCACGAGGACGACUGGCCGUAUUAACCACGAAGCCCCCAGACGCUUGGCCGGAGCAAGAAGAUCAACACGAUGUGGACAUGGAACCGCCGGUGGCACAAGACGACUUUUUGGAACUACCUUCAGCUCGUGGCCUAGCUCUAUCGCUACAAGAACCUACUAGCUGCGAAAGAACAUCUACCAGGGACGUGGACGUCGUGCCUGAGCUAGGGGCAACUAAUUCAUCGACUUCGAGUUGUACAAGAGUACCACUUCACGACUGUCCCUUACAACAAGAAUCUCCUGCAGCGUCGUGGUGCAGUCACCUAAACGAGAAAACCUGGUUCACAGCCUCUGCAAUUGGAUUUUUGUCCUACAACCCCGCUGCCGAGAGUUGUGAAUUUUUCCCGGGCGCGAAGCAGCAGCUCAAUUGUUUCGCUUUGAGAAUUCAAGACCAGUGGAAAAUCCACAAAGAAUGGAAGCGGAAAAAACGGAGAUUGGCGCGGAGCGACGGGUUUGCCGUCGUCGAGAAGAUUUUCCGGCACUGUUUCUUCACGUUUUCGUUCCGGAAAAAAUUGUGGACAGACGACUUUUUGAAACACAAGGUGUUUGCGAGGUACUUCAUUUUGUCGCGAAAGUUGCGGAGGAAAAGUCUGGAUCAGCUGCUGCGAAACUGUUUGCAGGUCUGGCGGCACUGGAAGCGGGUCAGGAGGUGCAUUUACUUGCACCGGGAGAACAGUUGUAGCAGUUGUACAACUUCUGAGAAAAAUAGAAAUAAAAAACCGUAUAAUUCUGUUUUCCAUCUGAGCCGCGACUUUUGCUGGGGGCUUGUCAAGCAAGAGGGGAAGCACUCGGUGGCGAAUCGAGGACGCCUGGAGCUCUUGCGGCAGAAAACCUGGCUGGCCUGGGUCGAGGGUGUCAGGCUGAAAGAUGGCUGUGAUUUAUUUUGACGUCUGCUUGUCGAAGCUGAACUGGUGUAGAUCAGUGUGAGGCUGAGAUAAAAAGCCUAGCGUCCUUCACGAGGAUGAACAGAACAGUAGGGACGAUACAGCCGGACAAUUGUUGUGCUGCCUACCGUUGAAAAAUACUGCUGCAUCAAAUAUUUCAAGGUGACC